AUGGCAAAGUACCCUUUGCAUCUUGAGCUACAGUAUGCAGCUGAAACCAAUAAGCUGCACCCACCUCAUGAGUAUGUCCCAUGGGUAGUUGUGGAUGGAGAACCACUCCAUGAGGGUGAGCUAAUUGGCCCUCCCGGUGUAUCAAUAAAGCUUGAUCAUUCUGCUAUUGCUAGUCCUAUCAACUGGUAUCAGGAGCUUGAGGAUCCCGACGCUGAAUGGUGCAAUCGAGAUCGAGGAAAAUGGAGACACGAUUUGACACAAUUGAAUCGUGCAUGGAGGAGAUGUUCCGAUCGAUGCUCAUCGGCCGGAAGCCGCGGCGCGCCGGAGCAAUGGCGAAAGCUGGAACUUCCGAUCUUCCGCGGAGACGACGCGGUGGUUUGGGUUGAACGUAUGGAGCAAUUCUUCUUGCUGUGCACAGUGCCAGAGGAGGAAUGGCUCACAGUCGCCACCUUUGCAAUGGAAGGAAGGGCAUUCACGUGGUUCAGGUGGUGGGAGGCGACGGCGCCGGUGCUGCAGUGGCGGUUUUUCAGUGCGGCGCUGCUACGACAUUUUCAACCGGAACGGCUACAGAGCCCUUAUCAAGCGCUGCUGAAGAUGAAACAGACGAACUCAGUGCGGGACUACGUUGACCAGUUCGUGCUUCACGCGCGGUCCUUCCGCGGAAUUGUGCCAGAAUUUCUGAUGGAUCUCUUCUUGAACGGGCUGAAACCAGAAGUGGGGGAAGAAUGUAAACUUUUCCCAUACCAGUCAGUAGACGAGUUAAUAGAACUGGCUCAGAAGGUCGAAAACCGCAACGCUGCCUUGCGAGGGGUAUCGGGACGCGGUAAAUCACUGGCUCCCAACUUCGCCGUUGCCAAUUCAACCGCCACCAAAAUGGUGCACCCCACUACAGCGUCUAACUCUGCAGCAAGCAACAGCGUGGAGUCAACGACGGAUCCCUUGCGACGGCGCGGAUUAAGACAUCUCAGCAACGAGGAAUAUAGAGCUAAGCGGGCCAAGGGGGAAUGCUUCCUCUGUGACGAACCAUACACUGCAGAUCACAACUGCAAGAAUAAAGAGUUCAAGCUUUUCAUCAUGGAGCCAGACUUUGAAGCGGAUUGGUUACAGCAUGAGGCAGUCCCAGAAACAGGGGAACAGGGACAAUUGGAGCUCAAAUUCAUGAGCUUGAGUGGACAUCACAAGUCAAUCAAAGCCUGGGCAGAGAUAAAUGACCGCCGUGUAUGCGUUCUCAUAGAUUGUGGAGCUUCGGACAACUUCGCGACACCAGAGAUUAUCACCGAGUUGGGCCUGAGAAUUGACAACACCCCUAAGUUCCAGGUCAGGGUAGCGGACAGUACCAAUAAAGGGGGACAGGGAAGGUGUUUGGGUGUCACGCUCCAAUUCAAGGAAGUGGCAAUCAAGGAAGACUUCUUCAUCUUCCCAACUGACGAAGCGGAAUUUGUCCUGGGACUGGCGUGGCUAGAUAAGUUGGGAGACGUUCUCACAAACUUCAAAAAACCACGCCUUCGAUUUCGGAAUGGGGACAGCAUGGUUAUAUUGCAGGGGGACCCGGAGCUGUGCUAUGGAGGUAUGCACCUUCAAUCUGCAGUUUUGUCCAUUCAGGAAGGGGGAGAAGGAUUUAUGGUCCAACUAUGGCCCAUGGCCUUGCAAGCGGCUACAGUAUCGCAGGUGCCGCAGGUAAUCAAAUCGGUGUUAGCUUCCCAUUCUAAGGUGUUUCAGACACUACCAGGGCUGCCACCACAUCGUUGCCAUGAUCAUGCCAUUCCACUUAUAGAAGGAGCUUCAGUUCCGAAUAUAAGACCUUAUCGUUACCCGCACCAUCAGAAAGCAGAACUAAUGGUACGAGAAAUGCUGGCCUCAGGGAUAAUUCGGCCAAGCUCCAGCCCUUACGCGAGUCCAAUAUUGUUGGUGAAGAAAAAGGAUGUUAGCUGGAGAUUUUGUGUCGAUUAUAGGGCGUUAAAUGGUAUUUUGGUGCCGGAUAAAUUUUCUAUUCCCGUCAUUGAUGAGCUACUCGAUGAAUUAGCGGGACCUGCAGUUUUCUCUAAGCUGGAUUUAAAAUCGGGGUACCACCAAAUUCGGAUGAGGGACCAAGACAUCCACAAGACCGCCUUCCGCACUCAUGAGGGCCAUUAUGAGUUUCUAGUCAUGCCCUUCGGCUUGACCAACGCCCUUAGCUCCUUCCAAGCCUUGAUGAAUGACAUUCUUAAGCCUCUAUUGUGA